UGCCUUUCCCCUGAGUAGGAGGAUUACAGCUUAAGUUGUUGUGAUCAUUGACAAGUUUGACUUCUUGCAAUUUAGUUCUUAAGCUCUCCAAAAGAAAAAAGGCCAAGAUUUUGAAACUUUGCUUCAUCAAGAAUGAAGAAUUGCCUCCAACCCAAUCUCCCACCAGGUUUCAGGUUCCAUCCAACAGAUGAAGAACUCAUCCUCCAUUACCUCAGAAAGAAGGUGACCUCCACUCCUCUUCCUGUCUCCAUCAUCGCUGAAGUUGAUCUCUAUAAGUUUGAUCCAUGGGAAUUACCAGGCAAGGCGGCAUUUGGGGAGACGGAAUGGUAUUUCUUCAGUCCUAGGGACCGGAAGUACCCGAACGGUGCAAGGCCGAACAGAUCGGCGGCGUCGGGGUACUGGAAGGCGACCGGGACGGACAAGAUCGUCAUGGACUCGUCCACCGGCGAGAAUCUCGGCGUGAAGAAAGCGCUCGUGUUCUACAAGGGGAAACCUCCCAAAGGAAUCAAGAGCCGUUGGAUCAUGCACGAGUAUCGCCUGGCGAAUUCUCCCGUUCCUGUCUACGGCGACAAACCCAUCAAGCUGAAAGAGUUGUCCAUGCGAUUGGACGAGUGGGUUCUCUGUCGCAUCUACAAAAGAUCAAGCGCAGCAUAUGCCCCAGCACUAAUGGCGACAACGAGUGAUGAUGCAGAAGAAGAACAGCACUUCACUCAAGAAAGCAUCAGAAACGACCACAACAGCGUGGAUGCGAUCAAGCCCAUGACGAUGAUGAACGGUUCUUCUUCAUUCUCCAACUUGUUUGAUGCCGUGGACUUCUCCAUGCUGAGGAACAUCCUGUCGGACGAUUGUAAUGGGCAGUGCAGCAAUGCUAGUGAUGUUAGCGACGUGUUGGUAUCGACUCAGGGGGCGAAUCAAGUGAGCUUGGAUCAGAAGAUGUUUCAAAGCCUUCCUCAGUUGACAAGCUACUCGGCUUCGCAAAAUCCACUCAAGCGCAAGUAUCCGUCGUACGCAGAUUCAGAAGCGGCGAAUUUGUCGAAGAGAAAUCUGAUGAGCCAGACAUUCUUGGAUCAGCCUUUGCUCUUGAACCCACAUCUGCAUCAUCAGUUUCAAGGGUUUUGAAUUGCAAGAUCGCUAGAAAAUUGAGGGAAAAAAAAAAAAAGAGAGGAAAAGUUGUUGCGAGGAGACUCAUUGAUUUAACUUAGCAUAUUGUCCCCAGUCCAUUAGUGAAAAAUAUGUUGUGCCUCAUAAAUAAGAGAUAUAAUGAUUAUGAUGUUUGAUCACCCAGAUCGGAAAA